UAACGAUGAGUUCAACACUUAGAGCUGAUUAGAUUAUUUAUUUUGGAGCUUCAAAUACUCCAUAAAUUCCAUGUAGAUUUCAUGAAGACUAUUAUAUUCAAAACUUUUGCAAGAAACAGUAUGAAAAUAUACAUUAAUUUAGAGAAUGCAGUUUACCUCUAUGUCCUGAAUGUAUUAAAAUUCAUUCUGAAGAACAUGAACAAGAAAGAGUAACGAGUGAUAUUGAUUUAUUCUCUAAUUGCCUCACUGAAUAAUAUAAUAGAUCCUUAGAAUAUCUUAACCUUUGGGCAGCCGAUGUCUAAGAAUCCAGCAAUUUACAGGAGGAGGUUUAAAAAGCAUAAGAAGUAGGGCAUCAAUGUUAUAAAUUAAUAGUUCUAAAUCUAAAAGUAUCAAGAAGCAAAGAAACAAUUUUAUAAGGUUGUAGACGAAUACUUUAAGAUGCUUGAAUAGUAAAUAAUCAAUGAAACUUAAAAAUCGACUCAGGAUUUAAUUAAAUUGGUAAGAUCAAGACAUAGAAUAGAGUAUUUGGAAUGGAAAAAUCAACAUGAAAAUUUAUUAAAACUCAACUCAGAAAAGGUAUUUGAGAUGUUAAUUGUAGUGUUUGCCUUUUUUAAUCAAAAUAUAUUCAGAUACAAGAUAAACCCCUUAAGCAAUUUAUUAGAGGAAUCAUUAGGAACAUGUUGAAUAAUUAAACAAAUUAAAAUUAAACAUCAGAUAAGUGGUUGUUAAUGACAAUGUAAAUUAAAUCCUUGCAUUGUUGAAACAAUAUAUCUAUGUAACCCAAGCUGUAUAAGAUACAUAAAUUCAAUAAAUGCAAAUCACAAAUACUGUUCAACCUAUUGUGUAGGUUUAACCAAUAGUGCAAACUUAACCAGUUGUGAAUUAAGCAAUAAAUUCCAACAAAUACCAAUCAAGAGUUAUAUAACCCUUUAGUGCCAUCAGAGAAUACACUCCUUUAUAACCAGUUCUAUAUUAAUAACCUCCAGUAAUUCCGAUUGACCCUCUCUAAGUUUAUCCAUAACAGUUUUAUCAUCCAAACCCAGUUUUAUAAGAACCAAUGCCUAUGACAAUGCCAAUAGUGCCUCUGUAAUAAUCGACUCCUCCUUAAAUCAUAAGAUCCCCAUAAAGACUUGUAUCGUCAGUUGCAGAAGCAGGGAUUUUGAAUGGACGAUAGAGAGAGACGAUGGCAUAACGAUAUUAUGAUACGAUGUUAAAAAAUGAAAUAAAAUGA